CAUUUAUUCAUUCAUUCAUUCUUCCCAUCUAUUUAAACCGACCUUCUCAAACAUAUUAUUCCCCCAAAACACAAAAAAACAAAUAACAAAAGAAAGCAACAAGUUAGCAAUAACACAUUAACAUGGAGAUUGAUAAGAAACCAACCAUGGAUGACACCAAGAAGAAAAUCAAGUAUAAUGGUGUCAAAGCCAUGCCUUUUGUUAUAGGAAAUGAGACGUUUGAAAAGCUAGGGACAAUAGGAACAUCACACAAUUUGUUGGUUUAUCUAACACAAGUUUUCAACAUGAAGAGGAUGACUGCAACAAAUGUGCUUAACAUCUUCAAUGGAUCAGCCAAUUUAGCAACCCUUGUUGGUGCUUACCUUUGUGACACAUACUUUGGUCGCUAUAAGACCUUGGGUUUUGCUAGUAUCGCAUCUUUCUUGGGAAUGGUAUUCCUAACAUUAACAGCAGUAAUACCAGGUUUACACCCUCCACACUGCACAACAGCACCCGAAAACUGCACAGGACCAACAACAGGACAACUCGCAUUUCUAAUAGGAGGAUUAUCAUUCUUAAUAGUAGGAGCAGGGGGGAUCCGACCCUGUAAUCUAGCAUUCGGAGCAGAUCAAUUUGACCCGGAAACUGAAUCGGGUAAACGAGGGAUAAGCAGCUUCUUCAACUGGUACUACUUCACACUUACCUUCGCAGUCAUGAUCUCCGUUACAGUAGUGGUAUACAUUCAGAGCUCGAUAAAUUGGGGUAUUGGUCUCGCUAUACCUGCAUUUUUCAUGUUUCUUUCUUGCGCGUUGUUCUUUCUGGGGACGAAGUUGUAUGUUAUGGUGCUGCCUCAGGGGAGUCCCCUUACGAGUGUGGUGCAGGUUGCGGUGGCUGCUUUUAAGAAACGCGGGUUGGAGUUGCCGGAAAAGCCGUCUGUGAUGUUGUUUGAUUAUGUUUCUGAUCAGUCUAUCAACUCUAAGUUCCCUCAUUCUGACCAAUUCAGAUGCCUUGACAAAGCAGCUAUAGUAACAAGCGAAGACAAAAUAAACCCAGAAGGAUCAGCAACAAACCCCUGGAAACUCUGUCCCAUACAACAAAUAGAACAAGUAAAAUGCAUAACCAGAGUAUUCCCCAUCUGGAUUUCUGGAGUUGUGUACUACAUUUCCAUGGUAACCACAGGAAACUACGUCGUAUUCCAAGCCUUACAGUCCGACAGACACGUAGGAGGAAGCAAGUUCCAGAUCCCAGCCGCGUCUUACACCAUAUUCACAAUGUUAGCAAUGACAAUCUGGAUACCAAUCUAUGACAGGAUCAUAGUCCCUAAACUCAGGAAAAUGACAGGAAAAGAAAGCGGAAUUACAGUCCUUCAGAAAAUGGGGAUCGGUAUGGCUCUAAUGGUUUUUACCCUUGUUGUGUUCGGGUUAGUUGAGCACACGAGAAGGGUGUUUGCCUUAAGUAAGCCCGGUUUAGGGGUUGAUCCUCAAUCAGGGGUCAUAAUCUCAUCAAUGUCGGCGUUAUGGUUGGUGCUUCCUCUGACAUUAGCAGGAUUAUCAGAAGCGUUUACUAUGAUUGGAUUAGUUGAGUUUUACUACAAACAGUUUCCUGAGAAUAUGCGCAGUAUUGGUGGCGCGUUCUUGUUUUGUGGGAUAGCAGUGUCGAAUUACCUAGGAAGUUUUUUACAGACUGCUGUUGAUAAGAUGAGUAAAGGGUCGAAGAAUGGAAGUUGGUUGGAAGAGGACAUGAAUGAGGGAAGGCUUGAUUAUUUUUACUACCUUGUUGCUGGUUUACAGUUGCUGAAUCUUUUCUAUUUUCUGGUGUGUGCAAGAUGGUAUAGGUAUAGAGAAACUAUCGGUAGAUUAGAUGAUGAAAACGUUGAAGAAAAGAAUUCAGAACUAGCUCUUGUAUAAAAUCCUGAUCCGUCACUGGACAUUAACUAUACAAGUUUAGCUAUGUGUUAAUGUCUAAUUUCUAGCUCUUGAUCUUCUAAGCAUAGUUAUGAUGUUACUA